AAGUAAACAUUUCCGCUGUGUCGCGAUGGACUCAAACAAGGACGAAGCGGAGCGAUGCAUUAAAAUUGCCCUAAAUGCGAUUAGCAACAACCAAUCGGACAAAGCACGGAAGUUUUUGGAGAAGGCACAGCGCUUGUUUCCCACAGAUCAGGCCAAAAAUUUGUUGGAGUCGUUAGGGCAGAAUGGAAAGCCUCCGGAUACGAACGGCAGUCCCAUGAACGGGGACGGACCCACUAUGAGGCACCGCGGGCACGCAGAGGAGUCCGAUACGUCCGGACAGGGGGCCACAGACUCGGCCAAAUCCUACACCGCAGAGCAGCUGGAGGCUGUGAGAAAGAUUAAAAGCUGUAAAGAUUAUUACCAAAUUCUUGGAGUGGAGAAGAGCGCCUCUGAGGAUGAUCUUAAAAAGGCAUACAGAAAACUGGCCUUGAAAUUCCACCCAGACAAAAAUCAUGCCCCUGGAGCCACAGAGGCAUUUAAAGCUAUAGGAAACGCCUAUGCUGUGUUGAGUAAUGCUGAGAAACGAAGGCAGUAUGAUCAGUACGGAGAAGAGAGAACGCACACAACCAGACAGAGACACCACCGUGAGUUUGAAGCAGACAUCUCACCUGAAGAUCUCUUCAACAUGUUCUUUGGUGGAGGCUUCCCAUCUAGUAAUGUACAUGUUUACAGAAAUGGAAGAAUGCACUUUGCCCAUCAGAAUAGGCAAGAAAGAAGAGAACAACAGAGAGACGGUGGUCUGGCUCUGUUCGUCCAACUGAUGCCCAUCCUAAUCCUCAUCAUCGUUUCUGCUCUCAGCCAGAUGAUGGUGACCCAGCCUCCGUAUAGCCUUAGCUACCGGCCGUCAGCGGGACAUAUUCACAAAAGGCAUACAGCAAACCUCAAGGUAUCUUACUAUGUGGGGGACCGCUUCAAUGAAGAAUAUUCUGGAAACAACCUGAAGAAUGUUGAGAGAAGUGUAGAAGAGGACUAUAUCUCCAACCUUAGAAACAACUGCUGGAAGGAGAAACAGCAGAAGGAAGGCUUACUGUAUCGCGCUCGGUAUUUUGGGGAUUCAGAACUGUACCAAAGGGCACAGAGGAUGGGGACUCCAAGCUGUUCCAGAUUAUCUGAGAUUCAGGUCAUACUGGACGGCUAGAAACCACUUGCACACAUAUGAUGGGUUCAUCGGUACUUGAAUCUAAUUAGAAGAGAUCUGUAGGAGCCCACUCAAAUUGGAGCAUAUUACUGCAGCAAACCAAGAGAAUCAGAAAUGCCUUACACGCAGUGGGCAGCAGACCUCAUCAGGGAACCUCUCUGCAACUCCGUGUAGAUUGACUUCCUGUAGAACUGUGAGAAGCUUGAGUUGACUGCUGACAUUUUCUUACUCUAGUGUCUUCAGGAUCGUGGCGUCACGGUGGAAAAGUAAGAGCAUAUUGUAGUUGUUUUAUUUCAACAGCGUGACAAAGCUGCUAAGAUUAGCUUUUUCUGUCCCCGUCUUUUUUUUUUCUCUCUCCUGAAUUUUUUUGAGAAACCUCAUGGCCUUCUCAUUGACAGAUGUCUGAGCCACUCACAAGGAAAGUGUGUAAUUUUUAUAGUUCUUACCAAUGUAAAUAUUCAUUUUACUUUUAACAGUGCAGGGUUUAUGGAGUUAAUAUCAUUUAUUAUAAUGUUAUUAUGUGGAUUUGCUUGUAGCCUGUUGGAUUAUAAGUAUCAAGAUUCAUUGCACAAAUAAAAGUAAAUCAUAUUUAUUAAAUUAACAUGCUAAAAUUGUAUGACAUUUCUUUGAAUUAAAUUUGUCAGAUUAAU